AUGACAAGUUUCGGCACCAACUACAACUCCACCAUCUUGGAGAAUCCACCAUGGUUGGAUACUGGCGACAACGCGUGGCAGCUUACUGCCGCAUCGCUCGUCGGCCUCCAAUCCAUCCCGGGUCUGACCGUGCUCUACGCCGGACUCGUCAAGCGGAAAUGGGUCAUCAACAGCAUGUUCAUGACCUUCUACGCCUUCGCCAUGGUCCUGCUGUGCUGGUCCAUCUGGGCAUAUAACGUCGGCUUCGGCCAGUACAUGCUGCCGUUUGCCGGGAAGCCGGGUCCACUCUUGACCAUCGGCGAACUCAUCAGACAAUCCGAUCUGCCCAGCACGGCGAGCCCUGGCCCGCUGUCCACCCAGGACUUCCCCAAGGCGACAAUGGCUUACUUCCAGUUCGUCUUCGCCGCCAUCACCCUCGUCCUCAUCGCCGGCGGCUACCUGGGCCGCAUGAACUUCACCGCCUGGAUGGUCUUUGUCCCGCUCUGGCUCACCUUCAGCUACUGCGUCGGCGCAUACAGUUUGUGGGGUGGCGGAUACUUGUUCAAGCUGGGUGUCAUCGACUACUCUGGUGGUUAUGUCAUUCACCUGAGUUCCGGCACUGCGGCCUUCACCGGCGCAUAUUGGAUAGGGCCCCGAUUGAAGCAAGACCGACAGAACUUCCAACCAAGCAACAUCCCGUUAAUGAUGGUCGGCGCUGGUAUCGUCUGGAUCGGCUGGAACGGUUUCAAUGGUGGUGACCCAUACUCUGCGUCCCCCGACGCCGGCGUCGCCGUGUUCAACACCAACCUCUGCACCGCCACCUCCCUCCUAACCUGGAUGUGCAUGGAUCUCAUCUUCUACAAGAAGCCCUCCCUCAUCGGGGCCGUGAACGGGAUGAUCACCGGCCUCGUCGCGAUCACACCCGCCGCCGGUGUCAUCGCAGGCUGGGGCGCGAUCAUUAUGGGCGUCUGCUCCGGCACCGUCCCCUGGCUCAGCAUGAACAUCGCCGGCAAGAGAAUGCGCCUCUUCACGCACCACGUCGACGACACCCUCGGCAUCACGCACACGCACAUGGUCGCCGGGGCGCUCGGCGGCUUCCUCGUCGGCAUCUUCGCCACCCCCGAGGGCUCCGAAGCCUUCGGGCUGGCGAAUUACGGCGGCGCCAUCACGGGCAACGGCAAACAAGUCUGGCUCCAAAUCGUCGGCGCGCUGUUCAUCAUCGGCUGGAACCUCGUGUGGACGUCGCUCAUCCUCCUCUUCAUCAAAUACGUGCUGCGCAUUCCGCUGCGCUACUCCGACGAGCUGCUGUUGAUUGGCGACGACGCGCUGCACGGCGAGGACGCGUACUGCUUCUACGACAACGUGGACGGCCUGGAGCCCAGUCCGAGCGCGCACCUCCGCGCUUUGGACUUGGAGAAGCAUAGUAUGCCCGGCCUCGGGCAUGUGCGCACCGGACAUCUGGGUCGGAAAGACGACGUUUUGGAGGGCAUUGUGCCCGCGGAAGGCAGUGCGAGUGGUAGUGGGGGUGGCGAUGUCACGCCGCCUGUGCAGAAGACGGGGGACGGGAUGGAUAUCAAGUCUGACUAG